AUGCGGUUCCAUUUGCUUCUGCCGCCAGCGAAGCGAGCACAGGGGCAUGGGACCGUGACGACGACCAAGGUCAAAAAUGACAAUAGAAGAUUCUUACAUGUUGUGUACCGUGUUGGGGACUUGGAUAAGACUAUAAAGUUUUACACUAAGUGCCUUGGCAUGAAGCUGUUGAGAAAACGUGAUAUACCUGAAGAAAGAUACACAAAUUCUUUUCUUGGAUAUGGCCCUGAAGAUUCCAAUUUUACAGUUGAGCUUACCUACAAUUAUGGAGUGGACAAGUAUGACAUUGGAAAUGGGUUUGGUCAUUUGGGUGUUGUAGUUGAAGAUGUUGGUGAGGUUGAGGAGCGGCGGAGGGAGGUGGCUGGAGAAGGAGUUGUUCUGGAGGUAGACUACACGGCAGAAGAGAUAAUCAUAGAGGGAGUGAGGGAUGGCCGGAUGGGACUGUUGCUGAGUGAGUUUGGGGAUGAUGAUGAAAGAGAAUAG